UACUUUUCAAUAAAUUAGUCAACUUAAAACUGACCGUUAGUGGUCAAUUUCUGAACUUAUAGUUUCCAUGGUUACUGUUUUGUAAACAGCACUGGCUAGUGUCUACCAGGUGCCCUUAGUUUCCCUUUUAUAUCAGUCUGAGUAAAGCAGUCAAACAGUCUACUUCUUCCCUUAUGAAUAUAUUUUCAAGUUAAAAUAUAAUAUGGACAUGAAGAGAUUCAAUGAUGGUCAUUCAAAUGCCCCAUUCAAACGUCCUAAGAUGGGCCCUGAUGACAUAGAAUUAAGAGUUCUUAUUCCAAGCAAGGUUGCUGGUUCGAUUAUUGGUAAGGGUGGAUUCAACAUUUCCAGACUGCGUACUGACUACAAUGCCACAGUCACUGUCCCAGAUUGCCCGGGUCCUGAACGAAUACUGACUAUUAUAUCAAGUAAUGACAAUGCUUUGAAAGUUUUGGGUGAAGUUAUGGGUAAUUUAGAAGAUGGUGGUUCAAGAUUCAAACGUGGUGGAGCUGGUGGUGGUCAAGGUAAUAACGAUAAUCAAGGAGGAGAGACUGAUGUCGAUGUCAGAAUGUUAGUACACCAAAGUCAAGCUGGAUGUAUAAUUGGGAAAGGAGGACUAAAAGUGAAAGAGCUAAGAGAGAAAACUGGAUCACGGAUUAAAAUUUACACAAGUUGUUGUCCUAUGAGUACUGAUAGAGUUGUACAAAUAACUGGCAAGCCAAAUACUUGUUCAGAUUGUGUAAGGGAAGUCCUGGAUUUAUUGAAAACUGCACCUGUUAAAGGGGCAGAAGAUCCAUACGAUCCCAAUAAUUUUGAUGAAUACUAUUCUGAUGAAUAUGGUGGUUAUGGUAAUCCAGCUGGUGGUGGUGGUGGUAUGAGAGGUGGUAAUAUGAAUCAACGUGGACCACCUGGACCAGGAAGAUUCCAAGGCGGUGGUGGUGGUGGACCAAUGAAUAAUCGGGGAAUGGCUUAUUCCAGAGGCGGCGGUGGUCGUGGUGGUGGUGGCGGUUUUGGCGGCGGUGGCGGAGGUGGAUUCAGUAAUACUGGUGGCGGAAAUUACGGAGGCAAUGCUGGAGGCUAUGGUGGCGGACCAGGUGGUUAUGGAAAUAAUGUUGGAUCUGGAAACUUUGGCGGUGGUGGCGGAGGAGGUUAUGGUGGUGGCUUUGACGAUGGUCCUAUGAGUGAUUUUAGUAUGCCUCCUCCAGCUAUGGGUGCUGGAGCCGGAAAACCUGCGGCUUUUAAUGGUUCUACGCAAGUCACUAUUCCGAAAGAUCUCGCGGGCGCGAUAAUCGGCAAAGCCGGCGCUAGAAUCCGUCGUAUACGCCAAGAUUCGGGAGCCGGAAUCACUAUUGGCGAACCAACUGAAGGCUCAGAUGAACGAAUAAUCACUAUAAAUGGCACAGACAGUCAAAUUCAAAUGGCACAAUAUUUAUUACAACAAUGCGUUCAAGCCCAAAAACCUGGAGGUCCUGGUGGCGACGGCUUCAUGUAAAUAAAUAAAAAAAAUGCAAUUUGUGUUUUGCUAUUCAAUUAUGUUUUCAAUCAUAUUAUACUCAUUUCAUACUAUUUAAUGUAGUUAAUUAGUAUCCAUUAGUAAUGAUCCGUGUAUUCAAUUUUAUUUGGUUUUUUAUCUGCCUGGAGAAGAGGAAUAGCUGAAACAUACUCUGAGGGUGGCUCAUGUUUAUUUCACCUGUAUUUUCAGUUGUUUGUGCUUCUAUUUAUAUAUUUUUUUUUUUUGUAAAUAUAUGACAUUAUAUUAAUACAGAUUUCCAUCAUUUAAUUCUAGUUAAUAAGUUUUUUUUAAUUUUAAACACUUAAAAAAUGUAGUAAAAUGCCUAAGAAAUACAU